AGUUUGUGCUUCAUUUUGCAACUCAUAAUAACCAUAUAAUGUUGUUGUGCUUUUUGAGAAGCUGAUGAAUAUGUAACAGGAAAGCAAUGGACAAGAGAACUGAUCGUGUGAAGUGGGAAAAGGUCAAGGGUAGAGGGUUCCUAGAUUUAGUGUUUUCUUGGUCUAUUGAAGAUGUGCUCAAUAAGGAUCUUUACAAAGACCAGGUGGAGGAGAUCCCAAACUCCUUCAUGUCAACAGCUCAUUACAUGAAAGCAUUCAUUACACCCCUACACGUGGAAACACAUGCUGAUUUGCUUUCAAGUACAGAAUCACUGGCUGGAGCACCAACUUAUAGAAUACUUCGUGUUAGAAAAUCUAAGGAUUACAAGCCACCUAAGGACUUGUUUUACGAAAUUUCGAUGGAAGAAACCAGAGGUGGAUAUGUGCCUUGGGUUGGGGAUCUUAUAGCCCUGACAAAUGUGAAACUGAAGUGCAUUGAUGAUUUAAGGAAGACCCAGCAAUCCUAUCAUGUUGCUUUCGUUCAUGCCGUGAAAAGGGGAAAUCGUUUGACACCCUCGAUUCUGUCUUCGAAGCCCAUAGUGGAUGAAGAAGGCUUGAAGAAUGGAACACUCUUUGCUGUUCAUUUGAUAAAUCUGAUGACAAAUUUGCGAAUAUGGAGAUCGUUGCACUUGGAACUCGAAGGGAGGAACAUGAACGUUAUUGAGAAAGUGCUGCAAAAUAAUUUCAAUGAUGAUGGAGAUUGUACUAUCUGCUCUUCUCGUAAAAAAAGUGAUGCUGCCUCUGCCUGCAUAAGGGAUACAUUACAGUCUUCUAAUUUAAACAGCUCGCAAGAAGCUGCGGUUUUAAGCUGUAUUCACACAGCCAGAUGCUGGCAUCAGUACACUGUCAAAUUAGUACAGGGUCCUCCAGGAACUGGGAAAACAAAGACAGCUAGUUGCUUAUUACACGCACUAUUAAGAAUGAAAUGCAGAACACUUACAUGUGCUCCAACUAACAUUGCAGUGGUAGAAGUUGCAGCUCGUGUCGUGAGUACAGUUGCCGAUUUAGUUGAAUAUGAAACUUAUGGCAUGGGAGACAUAAUUCUGUUUGGGAAUUGGGAGAGAAUGAAGUUUGAUGGUGAUCAGAAUGACCUUCUUCAUGUAUUUCUUGAUCAUCGUGCUGAUAUACUUGAGAAGUGCUUUGAUCCAUCAACUGGCUGGAAACGCAUUUUAGCUUCAUUGAUAAGUUUACUUGAAGACUCUGAAGCGCAAUACCAUUUGUACUUGCAGGAUAACAUGGGAAAGGAAGGACUUUUGACUUGUGAGCAAUUCGUAUGGAAAAGAUUUGAUUUCUCCGGAAAGCAAUUAAAGUUCUGUAUUGUGAAUUUGUAUACACACUUACCGACUACUUUGAUUUCAUUACAAGUGAUGAGGAUCAUGACCAGGGCUCUUGAUUUGAUGACAUCACUUGAAACCUUGUUGCUUAGUCUCAGUGCUGCCGAUGAAGGUUUAAAGCAGAUUCUAGGGGAAAAUGAAGAUGAAGAAAGAAAACUUCAUAAUCGUAUAAAGUUGAUAAAUGAAAAAAGGGAAUGCCUCAAUACUCUACGCUUACUUUCUCUAAAAUUUCAGGUUCCAGAAUUCGCUGAUAAAAAUGCUAUUGAGAAAUUCUGCUUAUCAAAUGCAUGCCUGAUUUUCUGUACCGUGUCAAGCUCUGCCAGGCUGCAUAGUAUAAGAAUGGCACCUCUGCGUUGCUUGGUGAUUGACGAAGCUGCUCAGCUCAAAGAAUGUGAAUCAACCAUCCCCUUACAACUCUUCGGCCUUCACCAUGCUAUUCUCAUAGGAGAUGAACGGCAAUUGCCUGCCAUCGUUAAUAGCGAGAUUUCAGGGAAGGCUGGUUUUGGUAGAAGUUUGUUUGAGAGGCUCGUAAAGCUGGGAUGCAAGAGCCAUCUUCUAAACAUUCAAUAUCGAAUGCAUCCAUCAAUAAGCUUAUUUCCGAAUACGGAGUUCUAUGGAAGGCAGGUUUUGGAUGCGCCAAACGUCCAAGAAACUGGCUACAGGAGACGGUUCCUCCAAGGAGACAUGUUUGAAUCCUACUCUUUCAUAAAUAUAGCCCAUGGAAAAGAGGAAUUUGUUGAGAAACAGAGUUUCAAAAAUACAGUCGAGGCUGCUGCUGCUGCUGAUAUAGUUGGGAGACUUUUCAAAGAUAUUAAUGGCACUGGGAAGAAGGUUAGCAUAGGUAUCAUAUCACCAUACCAGGCUCAAGUUCAUGCAAUUCAAGCGAAGAUUGGGAAAUUCAUUUCAGACUCUGACAGUGCCUUGUCUGUAAGCGUUGGCACGGUUGAUGGUUUUCAGGGUGGAGAGGAGGAUCUGAUAAUUAUCUCUACUGUUCGAAGCAAUGAGAACGGAUCGGUGGGUUUUGUUUCGAAUCCUCAACGAGCAAAUGUGGCGCUGACUCGUGCAAGGUAUUGCCUCUGGAUUUUAGGAAAUGAAGCAACUUUAGUUAAGAGUGGCUCUAUUUGGAAGGAGAUAGUCAACGAUGCGAAGCAUCGGCAAUGCUUCUAUAACGCUGAAGAGGAUGAGAGUUUGGCUCAGGCUAUUACAGAAAGCUUGAUCGAGCAUGGCCGACUUGAUGUUCUGCUACGAACUCACUCCCCAUUGUUCCGGAAUGCAAGAUGGAUGGUUUUUUUCAGUGAUGAUUUUCGGAGAUCCGUGGCGAGAGUUAGGAAUGUCAGAAUCUGUAAGGAAGUGCUUUCCCUAUUAGCCAAGCUUUCAAAUGGUUGGCGUCAGCAUCAUUCUCGCAAGAAGAGAAGCCUACUGGUUCACAAUGGCAUUUCUUCUCCACUGAUAGAGCAGUAUAAAGUUAGUGGACAGCUAAAUAUGAUCUGGACUGUGGACAUUCUGCAGGAAAACUCAUUCUGCAUUCAAGUUUUGAAGGUUUGGGAUAUUUUACCAUCAUCUGAUAUACCAAAACUAGCACCGCGUCUCGACACCUUGUUUCGGAAUUAUACGGAGGAGCAGAUGAAUCGCUGCUUAUACAAAUGUAUGGAGGGGAAUUUGGUUGUUCCAAUGAGAUGGACAGUGGACUCGUCUAGUGAUCAUCAGGACAGCUGCGGCGAAGCCGAUGCUGUGCAGCUGCCGAAAUCACUUGCAUCACUCUGUCUAGACGAUGGACAGUGGACUCGUCUAGUGAUCGAGUAAAGCUGCCAGAAAACAAUGGAGGCUCAGAACGAAUUAGCAGAAGCGAUGUUGUCGAUCAGAAUGAUCACUGUUGGGGUCAGAUUCUUUCCUCAUCAAGAACCAAAUUACAACUCCAAUCCAAAGAAAUAGAAGUUCUUGAAGGGCAAGGACAAUGAUGCCUCUUUUACAUUUCCAGCUUCUAGCCAGAGAAUGUCUCCCUAGGCCUUUGAAACUCAUGAACGUAACAUUCCAGUAAUUUCUGAUUUUAGAUUUCUUCAAAUAAUUAUAAUAAUAAUACAGUUUGGAUUUCUUAA